AUGGUGAAGAUCCAUGAGAAGACCACUCCACCCACACCGCUCACUGCUGUGAGGAAUCCGAAAACCCAUGUGACACCUACCAAGACAAACGAGUGGCUGCGACAUCUGCCGAUGGAAAGUCAGCAGAGCCCUCCUUCAUCACCACGAACUUCCGAGGAUAUUGCAUCUAACGCUGGUGAUCGCAUAAGUGGCUCGUCAGAUCCUCGCGGGUCCCAAUUGGAUGGGCAUGGCGAUCCGGUCGAAAAGCAUGCACCUGUGAAGCGAAAAAAGUUCCCGUUAGGAGCCAGUGAAAACGAACGUCGCUCAAAGGAUGUGGUGGUGGUACGGUUCUGA